AUGGACUCGUCUCCCCAAUCCAAGAUGCAAGAACCCACGCUUCCUCUGGCUGGCACCAAACGUUCGGCCCCGAGUCUCCUGCCGCCAUUCGAACCGCUCUCUUCCUCGCCGGGCUUCCCUCGACCCUCCAAACGACAAGCCCGACCCGGUUCCGUGGGAGGAAGCAAUGCGUACCUGAAGUAUCCCACGCCAAUCCCGACCUCGAGCACCGGCAUCCUCUCGUCUUCUCCACCCCGCGUCCACACAAGACCCGGCGGUCCCUCACGAGCCGUCUCCUCCGCCUCCGAACGCACUCCCCUCAGCGCCGUCGCCUCCAUCGAAUUGAACAACAAUGGCGAGACUCUACUCAUGGGCCGUUCCAGCAACUCAUCCCACUACCAGCUGUCCGCCAACCGUCUUGUGUCCCGUGUCCACGUCAAGGCGCGAUACGUGCCCGCGCCCUCGGCAUUGGAGCCGAACAAGAUUGAGAUCAUCUGCAAUGGCUGGAACGGACUGAAGCUUCACUGCCAGGGUCGGACGUGGGAGCUCCUCAAGGGUGAUUCGUUCACGUCGGAGACGGAAGGGACCGAAAUCAUGCUUGACGUCCAGGAUGCACGUGUCAUGAUCCAAUGGCCCAAGAGGGACCGCCGUGAUCGUCUCGCAAGCCCCGAUGACUCGGCCUGGGGUGACUCGCCGCCCCGGUCCGCCGCCCGUGCUGCUGCCGACCUCCUCCAGUCAAGCCCCCUGCGCCGCCCCUCGCGUAUCGAGUCCCCGGAAUCACCGACGCUGGCGCACUUGUCCAGCUCGCAAAGGCUCCAGGCCCUUCUUCCCACUGACGAUGGAGAGGUCCACAUCUAUGAGGACUCCAACGCAGAUGAACCCGAGCUGCCCAAGCUGGCCGACUCUGGCACCAUUGUCGGCCAGAGCUUCGCCACAGAUGCCACCAACUCGUUCUCGUCCGAGCUCAGUGAGCCCGAGGACGAGAACAAUCCGGACGAGGAGAACGACCCCAUCGUCCACUCUUUUGGGCCCUUCGGCGCAGACAUCUCCAACCGCCUGGCCUCAAUCACCACCGCCUCUCCCAAGUUCCCGUCGUUCAAGCGCUCAGGUCUGUCCACGAUCCACGACGAGGCCAAUGCCUCCAACCCUUCCAGUCCCAUCUCUGCCCCGCCCAAGUCGCCCAAGCGUGAAGACGAGGAUGAGGAGGAGGAACUGAAGAAGGCGGCGCCCCCUUACGAGAACCCCGCCGUGCGCAACCACGUUGUCAACCAGCUCGCCUUCUCCCGCCUGUCGUCCAACCCGCUGUCGACCAUCAUGAACAACUUGCCGUACGAGGAAAAGAAAGGCUUGACCAAGGACCAGCUCCGAAGCUUGAUUGAGGCCACGGCGUGCAUUGGCAUCAUCCACCGCCAAGGCAAGGACGCCGCCGGCAAAGCCCUCGAGAGCGAGUACUACUACGUCCCCGAGGCCGAUGAUGACGACCAACGCCGUCUCGCCGUGACCGACGGACUGCGCAAGCCCAGUUUGAGGGCGUGUCGAAAGCAGCACAAGGUGAGCUACGCUGGGCUGAGGGGUUGUUUUGAGGAAGUUGGAACUAACAUUUGCUGCUUAGCAAUACUACUGGAAACGCCCGCGCACGCCUUGAACCAAAUUGCUCUGGCUCUCAUGCCAUGUUUCUGCUUCUACGCCCUUGCCUUGCUCGCGCUGAGCUGA